AGGACGCACAGACCCGGCGGAGCGCCGCGGGAAGCUGCCCAGUCAGCGCUCAGCACUCGGACAGCGCAGAGCCGGGAGGCGCUGCCCAGCGGAGCCGAGCCCGGGCGGAGCAUGUGAGCGCUCGGAGGGACAUGGGGACCCGCUCGCGGCGGAGAGACCUUCUGCGCCUGCCCGGCUCCAGCAUGGGGCUCUCUCUGCUGCUGGGGCUGCUCCUCUGCCGAGCCGGAGGCCUCCUUGCUCUUCCAAGGGACUGCAUAGCAGCUGAGAAGAUUUGCCUGAUGGACCCUGCCUGCAAUGCCACCUACCAGGCCCUGGAAAACUGCUCCCUUGAUAAGACGCGUUUCCUCCCUCUGAGUCCUGAUGCCAGAGCAAAAUGCCAGGAUGCAAAGUUAGACCUCAGAAGCAGCCCUUUACUGCAUUGCAAGUGUCACCGGCGCAUGAGAAGACAAAAGCACUGCCUGCGCAUCUACUGGACUGUUCACUCCAGCUUCACACACGGUUAUUUCAAUUUGGAGACUUCUCCUUAUGAGGAUCCAGCAAAUGAAGAACCCUGGAAGAUUGACUACAACAAGCUGGCAGCUUUGGUUUCAGGUUCACAUCUAGCAGGGGACAAUGCAAAUCCCUGCCUGAAAGCAACUCACUUCUGCAGUCUGAAUAAGAAAUGUGUCCAUCUGCGCACAUAUUAUGCCUCCAGCUGCACCAAGAGGGCAGAGUCUGGAGGCACCUGUGACCAGCGAAAGUGCCACAAAAGGCUACGACAGUUCUUUGAGAAGGUCCCUGAGGAUUUCACCAAGAGGCUCCUGUUCUGUCCAUGUCAAGAUGAGCUCUGUGGGGAGCGACGCCGGAAAACCAUUGUCCCUGAGUGCUCCUUCCAGGAUAGCAUCAAACCCAACUGCCUCCUUCUUUUGGACUCCUGUAUCAAAGACCAUAUCUGCAAAUCCCGACUGGCUGAUUUCCAACAGAACUGUCAGCCUGCAGGCAUAUCUCCAGAUGGCUGUUCUCAGCACAACCAUGCUGCGUGCCUUCAGGCUUACAUGGGGAUGAUUGGUACAGCCAUGACACCAAACUAUGUUGGUAACUCCAGCACAGAGGUUUCGCUGUGGUGCACCUGUGAGAACAGUGGCAACCAGCAGGAGGAGUGUGACCAGAUACGCAGCAUGUUCAUUAGCAACAAAUGCCUCAAAAACACAAUUCAGUCUCAGAUGCAUCUGAGCCAGGCAACUCUGGAGGGGCAGGAAGAAUUGUUUCACAUGCCUUCCCUAAGCUUCCAGGCAGACAGCACCAACACUUCUCUUGCUUCAGAAAUGUGCCAGGUCACCAAGACAAAGACAUGGCCAGACAUCUCUGAAUACAACAGCAUGCCCAUGGCCUCCUCUGUGUAUUCUGGAGCUGGGGUUUCCUGGCCCUCAAUGGCCCUGCUGCUGCUCCUGCUCCUGCUCAGCCCACCUUAACUUGACACAACAGGCAUUUGUCCCUUCCACAUAAUUCUCCUCACUCUGUACUCAGACAUUGUCCUACUAACUCCCCCUUGGGGAACUGAAGACCUCCACAGAAGAGGAGCUGAACAGUCUCACCCCAGAGCAGGAAGGCCUGCAUCCUUCUCCUAGGAGUGAGUCAUUUCACUCAGCUCCUUCUGCAGCUAGAACUGCAGGGGCUGGUUGUCCAACACUAUCUCCUUCCCCCACUCCUAGCACUGCAAGAGGAAGAGUAGCUAGUUGGGAGACUUUAGGGCACUAUUUUGUUUGUUUGUUCUAAAAACAAAGCUAGUCAAAAUUCUGUCCAAACAGCGUUUGCCUUUUGAAUGAAGGAGAAGGAGGGGCUCCCGCAGGUACCUGCAGUACUCCUCCAGCUGGCCAAUUGGUGCUUUUCCUCUAGAGCAGAAAGCAGCAGACUGGUGCCCCAGGGGGCAGAGACCUAACUCUAUGGUAUCCUGAGAGCAGAACAGGGCAAACUGACCCAUACAUUCCUCUGUAAAUACCAGCUCUGUGUUCUGUUCAGGACUCUUUUGAUAAUUUUUCAAAUCCAUUAUUUUAAGCCUAUAAAAGAAAACCGCUCCAGAGCCAAAGCAAGGAAGCUGGGCUCUAGCCUCUGCUCUUGUUUCUUGUUCCUUUCAGCCAUCCAUAUCUUCCACUCUUAGUGCGAGCAAGAGAUGUACUCUUGGAUUUCAGCUCCAUUUCUUCACUCAGUCCCAUUAAACCUUGUCCAGCAUACUAUGACACUGCCUGGCUAGGCCAUGCUUUUCUAGGACUUCUAAGAGAAAGCAUGCAGGCUUAUUCAGCUGUACCCACAUAGCUCCCUAGGGAUAUACUGUGCUGAUUUGCAGUGCAAAGACCUCAGGCAGUUGCACUGACUUAGUGUCCCUUCACAUACCCCUGUGCCCACUCCAGAGUCUCCCUCCUCUCUGCCAGGUUCCAUUUUAUGACCUAUUUAUUCUGGGUGUAAACACGUGUGUUGUGUAACUGCUAUUCUGCUGUGUUGCAGUGGCCUGUAAAAAUGUGGUGUUCAAGUGAAUAUUGAUUUCUGAGUGCCCGUUACUAGUCCACAAUCAAUUGCAUGAAAGAGCUGCCUUAUCAGGGAAGCUUAUGUUUUCAGGAGAGCUGGCAGCCCAACUCGGAGCAGCUCCUCUGCAUACAGGUGGUGUGUGGCUUUGGAAGAUACAAUGAA